AUUUCUAAUGAGCUCAAAAACCCAAUAAAGAGUUCUCACUUUCAUAAAAAAAUACAAAGACGAGUAAAUGCUUCAUAUUUAAGUUUAGAUUGAGUCCAACAACUGGUAUUGAUGAAUUUGCAGAUUUAUUGAAUGAAUGCUUUUCAUCGAAAUAGGAUGCAACAAGAAGAGAAAAAGUGAAUUUAAUUGUUGAAAACCUUGUUUUAGACGAUGAAAGUAAACUAGUUGAAGGAGGUAACAAAAAUCUAUUAAUAAAAUAAGAUUUAUAAAAAUAUGUGGAGAGAUUAAUUGAUUUCGUUGAAGGACCAAGUGAUGAUCCCUUAGAGAAAAACAACCUUAAGUAACGAAGCUCCUCUGGUAGUUCGGAUGAGGAAGAUAAUAGAGGUCAUAAUAGAUAACAAAAUAAACAUAAAAGAGAUAGAAGCAGAGACAGGGAAAAAAAUAAAAAAUCAAAAAAAAAUUAAAAAAAUACUAACAUUUUAUCAGAAUUAUAAACAGCAUUAGGAAAGGAAAUGAAUAUAAAGGACUUGCUUUCAUCCCUUACAAAUAAUAAUAACCGUAAAUAAUAGCACAAUAAUAAUAAUAAAAAUGUUGUCUUUCUAUAAAAUGUUCCAAGGGAAAUGAGAUCCUACACUGAAAUCGAAGCCUUACUAUAAGGGAGAGGAGAUUUAAUUAAAAUUCAGCUAUUAGGACGGUAAUUUAUAGAUCUAUUUCUAGAGUUCCUUCUGUUCAAUUUAAAAAUCACAGUGAUGCCUAAGCUUUGAUUGAUAAAUUUAUUGUUCAUAAAGGAGUUAAAAUUGAAUUUACAUAAAGUUUAAAUAAAGUAUGAAAAGAAUAUAAUUAAAGUAGUAGUAACACUAAGAUGAUCAUAAGAAUCAUAAGAUUAUAAUAUUAGACAAAGAAGGAAAAAAGGUAUCUAAUCAAGCUAGUUAACCAGCAGCACUUCUCUAAUAAACUUAAUAAUAAUAAAAAUAACAAUAACAAUCAUAAUAGUAAUAAUAAUAAUAAUAAUAAUAAUAAUAAUAAUAAUAAUAAUAAUAAUAAUAAUAAUAAUAAUAAUAAUCAGCUUUAUAGAAAUAAGACUCUAAAAUGGAAGAGGAAACUGAUUAAAAAAAAACCAAAGAAGAACAAGAACUAAAUAAUUAAAUUGAUUAGAUUAAAGGACAAGCUAAAACAUUGGUUGUGGAUAAAGUAAGAUUAGCUUUAUUGCUAAAUAAAAGGAAGGACAAUUAUUCUCCUUAAUUAAGCGCUGAAAUUGAUGAAUUGAAAAAGUACGGUUAUAAUAAAAACUUAGAAUGUUAACCUAAAAGAAGGAGGAAAUUUCCAAAAUGAAUUCUCUGGAAUAACUGAAAGCAGAAUUACAAUGGUUAAACGAAAACUAUGAUUACACUUUAUUAAUUACUCAAAUCCCAGAAUAAUUAUUUAAGGAAAAGACAGUUACUAAAAUACUCAAUGAGGAAUUCCAAGUAAGUAUUUAAAUAAUAUCCUAGAAAUAUGGUAAAAUUGACAAUUUGUAAAUAAAAAUAAAAGAUAAAGCUGCCCAUCUUAAAUUCUUUAGCUUUGAUUCAGCAGAAAAAGUAUUUAAUUUUUAUAAGUUAGGCAUAUUAUCAAGCAAACGAAAAUUCUAAUUUCAAAGUUGAGUUUUUAAAUUAGGGUAUUAAAAAGGUGUUAAUUGCUUAAAGUUGA